CACUGUUCCUUCUCCUUCCGGACCUACGAGUUUUGGCGCCACCCAACGACUCAUUUCAAUGUUGAAUUGCUCCUACCACAUCUACCACACCGGCUCCACCUUCCUCCAUGUUGCUCACACUCUCUAACCCGGUCAAGUCCGAUUUCGAAUUCAAACCCCAUGCCUACUCACCAGCCUUCUCUUCUUCUUCCACGGCUGCUCGAUACUCAAAUAGGCAUCAUCGUGGGCUAUCCCCACCUGCACAGGAAGUCAACUCCUCUCACAACAUGGGCACACCUCACCGAGGACUUCCUCCUCCUUCGGCGAUGACGCUACCAGAUCCGGCUCGAGGACCUCCAUCGAUGUCGUCGUCAUUAGGCCAGUUACCUCCAGCACCUUCGCAGUGGCAAGGUGCCGAAGAUGGAAUGAAGAAUUGGCUAGCGGCGAAGGCCGAAGAAGAAAGACGCAAGCAAGAGGAGGAAAAGACACGACAAGAAACGUUGCGACUGGAGCAACGCAAGGUCGAACAGUCUAUGCUUCGAGAAUCUAUGCAGGGAGGAGUACCGCCUCACCUAGUACCAAUAAUCUUUGCUGGCAUCGGAGGAGGCAACCUUGCAAACAUCAGUGCAGAGUGGAUACAACAGUAUACUACUCAAGUUCAAGCUGCUCACCAACAAGCGCAGGCUCAGGCUCAGGCACAACUUUCUCCAGAUCUUCGAAGGGACCCACGAUUAAUUGGACAGCAACAACCAGCAGUGUAUGCUGGUCAGGCGCAACCUCCAACAACGAUAUUGCCUCCGACGUCAGUCCUACCCGGUCAGCCUCUACAGACACAAAUUCAGCAUGCUCCACUCUCUACCAGUGCUUACACUGGUGGACAAACAUCACCGCGCUCAAGAGCCGCACAAGCUGGUCUUGGUGGUCCUGCCGCAACAGCCCAACGCUCAUUACCUCAGUCACAAUUGCCCAGGUUGACUACCAACGAGAUGACUGUUCAGCAACCUCCUGCGGCCCCAGCAGGUGUGCAGCAACUGCAGCAGACACAAACACAACAACAAGAGCAGUCCUCCCCUUCCAUAUAUUUUCAUCAUUGGGUACCACCAUCAUCGUCUUCGGAACAAAAGAGUGCAAGUGGAAACCCGCCAGCUACGCCAUCAGGUAAAUACAAAACUUCGCCUGUUCACCAGUCACGGCAACGUGCUGCGUCGCAUGCGUCUGACCUAGAAUACACCAGCUCCCCAAAGAAGCGCAAGGCUCAAGGCCCUCACCCCCCUCCACCGCCGCCUACAUCGGCGCCUGGAUCCUACACAUCGCCGUCCUUCUCGCACAUAUCGUCGUCAUCAACAUCGACACCUGGACGAAGAGGACAUGCACGAAACCGAUCAGAUGCAUCCACACGAGCGGCGGAGGGCUCCAGUGGUUCACUAAGCCGGCGAGGCACCGUUUCUGGCCUUGCGCAUGAGACAAUUCUGCGACAAGGCGACAUCGCAGAAGAAGCAAGAGAUGCAGAUGACAAGGCAAAAUCCAAAUCUGAUCAGACAUAUGGAACAUCACCUCAACGAGAUGGUACCCGAGGCCACGGUCAACAGAACUACGCGCCAACAUCAACAUCUGCUCAACCUGAAACACCAAAAUACGCAACACAUCAGCAAUGGGAUCGAGGAUAUACGUCAUCUCCCAAGAGAGAAUCUGGUGACCAUUAGAUUGGGACGUCGUUUCAGCAUCGCAACCGU